AUCGAAUUGUCGCCGGCCUCUCUUCCUCUCAAUCUUCAAUCCACCACCACUCCUCACCAUGGCCAGCGGAAUCUUCAACUCCACGUACUACGGCAAGGACUACCGCGCCGGUGCCGCCCUCCUGCGUGCCCGCCGGCCAUAUCUUUUCAAGAAUGCCCUGACCGGCUUCGGUCUAUUCGCCUUCUCAAUUGCUGUCUAUACCUACACCAUCCGCGCCGUCGGCCAAGAAGAAUUCUCCGACGUCAAAGUCCCCGACGCCCCCGCCCAGAAACUCCCGGCCCAGAAAUAAACUCAACACACGGUUGCAGUUCCUUCCCGGGAGUUCGACCUUCCGGCUGAUACUCGAGCCAUCGUGGCUUGGAGAUUCUGCGUGUACAAUAUAGUCGCAUCAUUUUGAAGGGCGGAACGAGUGGCCGAGGGUAGACUAGAUAAAAUGGCUCCCUCGGCGGGCAAAUAGUAACGGAGCACAUUGGGGUUAUGGAGUCUUCCUGAGCUAGACAGUCCUCCUUUUUCCAGUCGGGAUCUGUGAGCUCAGCGGGUUUGAUUUGUUGAUAUUGAUGGAUUGUACAGAGUAGAUUGGCUAAGAUAUCAUGUUCUUGAGCACAUCAGGCCCUCUUUUGAAUGCUAGUCUCUUCUCCU